CCCACAUCUCUUCCUUCCUUGUGUGUGGAUGCAUCUGUCGUGGCGACGGAUGCCCGUCUAUCUGCUAGAUGGAUACACACACUCUACGUGGAAACAACAAACUCAGUCAAUCCUUUUUCCCUUUAUGCACCCUCUUCCCUGCUCCCUAAGUGUACAAUUGCACUUCGGCACCACACACUUCAAGCACUUCCAAAAAUCGCCUCGCCCCCCCGCACCAAAACCCUCGCCGAAAAUAGUCCCCCAGUAUUUGGUGGUCACCAUGUCUCCCUUACACAAAACAAUCAUGGCACACAUGUCCGUCGCAUCGGCUUGAAUCUAUGUCGUGCGUGCUAUAUUCGGGUGGGCCGACUGUGGGCAAAAUUCUAGCAGCGUUACGUCUCCAUACACGGAAGAAGGCAGGGUACGGAGAAAGAAAAGGACGAGCCAGGGUGAAAAGGAGGCAAAUAGGGAAGUACCUACGGCGAACAAGGUCAACAGCCUGAACUUUACCACGCCAGGCUCCUCCUCGGCCCGCAGCAUGGGCAGAUUAUGCCAACGGACUUGCACCUAUAUCACAACAAAUACAAUCACAACAAGGAACACACCACUCUCGCUGCUAUCAUCAUGUCUCUCUCACACGACGAUACCAUGAAAAAUACGGUCUCGCAUGCCAUCUCGAUGACCACCAGGAGGCACAGCCCACCCAGCCUCUCCAACAGCCGGGACAGCGAGAAGGGAGACAGCAGCUGCUCCAUGGAUAUGAGUGACAGAUUGAUGACGAUCAGUAUCAGGCUCUCUGCCUGGUUGUAGCCGUACUGCUGGUCCCUCAACGCACGAAGAUACCUCGGACGAACAUCGAAUGCAAUGAAAUUACUCUGGAGGUCGAGAGCCGAUUUCGUCGACCGCAUUCGCCUUCCCGCCCGCACCACACUCUGAUAGACCUCACUCGACGAGCGUCUCGAGUCCUCACUGCUGACACAACUAUACGAUGCGGCUGUCCCCUUCUUGUUCGAUGUCACGGUGGCAAUCGUCUUGUUGCUGCGCAAGUCAGCGACAUGCGCAAUAUGGCGAUCGCGGUCAGCGUUUGGGCAGCGUGUCUUGCGUGUCGGCUUGGUCGAUUGGCCGUUACAUGUUCUCGUGAGCCAGCGGGCGACGUUGGCGUGGAGGAUGUCAGCAUAGGGCACCGCCAGAUCGCCAAUGAGGUCGUAGAAGGCGAACAGCAGAGACGACAUGAUUUUGCUGCUCAGGGCAGCCAUUUCAGCCUGUAUAAAGAACAAGAAGACACGCAACAAUACGAAAACGCCGAUGCCAGAUUGCCAUCUCAUUGCUGCUGACCUGUAGUAGGCGCGGAGCAACACAGCAUCCCAAAACCUGAAAUGUGUCGAUGUGCCAAUGUGUCACUCUGUGGGUAUCAUGUGUAGCGCGUACGAGAUAAUGGGCAGCAGCAUGAUUGUACAGCGGCGGCCCAUCCCGCAUUUUUCGCACAGUCCCAUUCACCAGUGCCACCAGCGGCCAGAAACUCAUGAGACAUGUGAACGCCACUCGGGUUCUCUCGGUGUCUGUCGCCGCCCUCUCGCCUCUUGGGCCGAAGAUAGCAACCCAUAAAAACACGCCAGCUGAGGAGACGCUGAACACGAAUAUCAGUUGGAGGGUGUGAAGCCACGGUCUCUUGAUCACUGAGGGUGUCUCUCUCGCCAGCUGGCGAAACCUGGUGCAAGAGAGAACAAAGGGCAUGUACGGAUACACAAAUGUUUGAGCUCGCAUGCGGGUUGGAGCAUACAAGGUUAGUGGGAUUAGAACGAUGUAGCAUAUAUGCUCGAACCUGACGAGAAACCAAAGAUUUGUCUUCAGGCUUGCUCUCAAGAUGCCUUUGUGUCUUUCUCACCCCCAAAGGGCCACGGCAUAGGGCCACAAUCCGGGCACGACAAAGAGGCGGGUGAAGGCAACGCGGGCGAUUGCAGGGAGGAGAAAGUAGAACCACGUCUUUUUGAAUCGGCUGAAUAAUUUACUUCCUUGGUGUCCCUCAGCGAUCGCCAGGAGGUACACGACGAGGACCGAGAAGGUAAUCGUAUUCCGUACAUAAUCAUACGCGAUGACUAGUGAUGCCCUCUCGGAUUUGCAGGUGUGCCAGAAGGCAAGCGGCCAGACAACCUGCACACGCACAAUAUAGAUUGGAACAGGUUUCCUUCAAGCCUUCCGUUUUCUCUUGCAGCAGAGCCCACCAUUGGCAAGGCCAGGACAAAUGCAUAUAACACCUGCAGCACGACCGCACGGAUGGCGCGCUGUAGUGACCGCAUGAAAGGCUCAGGCGAAAAACGAGUGCCAAUCAGCACCUCCCGCACUUGAGUUGUCUGUCCGUCAUCCAUCACUCCUGGCUCGUAGACGAGGUGCGAUUCGAACUCCUCAAAGGCAGCCGGGUAUCCUGAAUAAAUGAAACAUAAACGGGUUGGCGGAUCAGAGGGAUGCUGGGUGCCCUUCAACCCGUUCACUCUACCUACCGGCAGCCUUCUCAAACUCCGUUUUCAUCGCCUGGAUGGCCAUCUCCUCGGCCCUGACUGGUGGCCCUUGCGCCCCCUCCUCAUCGAUGUCCGGCAGAUGAGUGCUCAUCGACUGUGACGCCGCAUGACGACAGGCGCCCCGGAAGCCAUCAGUUUGACACGAAGGAUUUGUCUCUUGUUGUUGAAGACCAAGGUCCACGAGGCACUCGCUGCUGUGGAUCUCUUCGCUGCGGAUCUCUUCGCUAAGCGCCUCUUCGUUGGCGAGCUCUUGGGGCCUUCCCUGCUGCCCGUCCAGUUGUGUCACAUGCGUAUUCUCACAGCUGGGGCCGACGACGGAGGUGUGUUCGUCCAGCCGGAGAGCACAUUGACGCCCCUCACCACCCUUAGUUGGCUGCGACAGUGCCUCCAUGAGCCAUCGUUCAUGUCGUCGUUUCCGCGGCUGACGACUGGGCCUGCGCCAUCACCGUUGGGUGGAACAACACACAAAGGAUGUCCCCCGU